AAAAAAGCUCCAGCGGUGCGUGCCUCUGUGUGUGUGUGUGUGUGUGUGUGUGUGUGUGUGUGUGUGUGUGCGUGUGCGUGUGUAGGGGAGGCUGGAGCGGGGUGGGACCGAGGAGCCGUGAUUACAGCUCUCCCCGGAGAAGAAGAUUGCUCUCUCCAGAUGCUGAUUUCUGAAGCACUUGGCAAUCAUCAGGCGGGAGCCGGGAAGAAGCGGCGGUAGCCGCCCCGGCCGCGGUGAUGGCAGCGGCGGGCGAGCGGGAGGCGGCGGCGCGGGGCUGAGGGGCAGCGCUGCCGGCCGGACACGAUCCGACCCGACCCGAUCCGACCCGGUCGGGCGCGGCUCUGCCCCGAGUCCCGCUCGCUCCGCUCCGCUCCGCCCGCCCGCAGACACCCGCCCGAGCAGGUAGUAGGUGCCCCUGUGCCGGGACACGGCGGGGGUGACGGCGGGGCACCCAUGCGGUGACCCUCGGCGGCAGCAGCUCCCGCCGGCCGCAGGGUGGAGGUGCCCCUCUGCAGCCGCGCCUCGGGCCAGAGGAGGCUCCCGCUCGCCCGCGUCCCCCGGGGAUGGGUCCCCGCCGGGGCUGAGCGCCCCGCCACCUCCCGCCUCUCUGCCCGGCGUGGGCGAUCCGGCUAGCAGCCAUGGCAGCGGCCAUCGCCAGCGGCUUGAUCCGCCAGAAGCGGCAGGCGAGGGAGCAGCACUGGGACCGGCCCUCGGCCAGCAGGAGGCGGAACAGCCCCAGCAAGAACCGCGGGCUCUGCAACGGCAACCUGGUGGACAUCUUCUCCAAGGUCCGCAUCUUCGGGCUCAAGAAGCGGCGGUUGCGGCGCCAAGAUCCCCAGCUCAAGGGUAUAGUGACCAGGUUAUAUUGCAGGCAAGGCUACUACUUGCAAAUGCACCCCGAUGGAAGUCUCGAUGGAACCAAGGAUGACAGCAGUAAUUCUACUUUAUUCAACCUUAUACCAGUCGGACUUCGAGUUGUUGCUAUCCAGGGUGUAAAGACUGGGUUGUAUAUAGCCCUAAAUGGAGAAGGUUUCCUCUACACAUCAGAACUUUUUACACCAGAGUGCAAAUUCAAGGAGUCCGUUUUUGAAAAUUAUUAUGUAAUCUACUCAUCCAUGCUCUACAGACAACAGGAGUCCGGGAGGGCCUGGUUCUUGGGGCUGAACAAAGAAGGGCAGGUCAUGAAAGGAAAUAGAGUGAAGAAAACAAAACCAGCAGCUCAUUUUCUACCCAAGCCAUUGGAAGUUGCCAUGUAUCGAGAACCAUCUUUGCAUGAUAUUGGAGAAACAGUGCCAAAGGCUGGGGUAACUCCAAGUAAAAGCACAAGUGCAUCUGCAAUAAUGAAUGGCGGCAAACCAGUUAACAAGAGCAAGACGACAUAGCCAGAUCCUCACAGGUGUUGUGACUUACUGAAUCUCGAGUACAGUUGAGUGAUUUAUCCUUGCCAGACUUCCUCUCGGUGGUGUCUGUGGAUCAGCUUGCAGCAAGUCACCGACUUGCCUGUUGCUGUUUCUGAACGGAGUUGUUGCAAGUGGAUAAAUCUCAACGUGUAGCUCUACCCAAAACAAGAAGACACCUGGACGAACCAGCUAAACUCAGACCAUGGAAUGCCCUACCAGAUAUUGGAAUGCCUUUUUAAUAUCUUUUCUGUAACUGUGACACUUCAUGUGAAUGACAUACUUCACAAGUACACUUGAUACCUUGCCUGCUGACAAUUGCCCAUAAUCCCUUUUUGAGUCCACUUUCAGCAAAAUCCAUGUGUUUAAGUUCUAUUUUGUAGCACACAAAUAAUCAAGUAAUUUCUAGUUAGAUGCUGUAAACCUGUGCUAUUAUGAAUUUCUCUUCUUCCCUUUUUUAUAAGGCUGCUCGCUCCACUGUUUGUGACCUUUUGCAGGGAUUGUGUUUCUCUAUAACUUAAGUGUUACCGGUGGCUUAGUUUUGAAAGCAAUCAGGGAAUUGGAAGCCUUCAAAAAUCUAUUAUUACAAAUUAUAUCUAUAAAGAAUAGGAUCGUUGUCUCUGGCUUACAAUAUUGAUUAAAUGUGAAUACUCUUUAGUAAAAGAUACUGUGCUUCUGAGGUUGGCAUUAUAGUGGAGGGAAGAGUGUCAAACACAACCAACGGGGAGUUUUAUGAAACAUGUGUUUGGCAUCCCCCUAUAGUUUCUUUUUGUGUGUGUCUUUUAUACAUAUCACAGGCUUACUGGUAAUGGUAACAUUUGCCUUGCCCAGCGAGCAAGACCCACUCACUUUUGGGAAAGUGGGUCCAAAGAAUUUUGUAGGCCUUGUAGGCCUGAAUUAAGGCUCAUUUUUCAUCUACUAAAUCUUCAUUGUUUGAAAAACAACCACCACCAAUUAAAAAAAAAAAAAGUAAGACUAAUCAGAAUCGUGCUACCUAAAUCCAUUUCAAAUAUAAUCCUUUCCUGUUUUUAAGGAACUGAACUUAAUGCCAUUGUUAUUUUUGGCUGAAUUCCACACCUACUUAGCAAAGCAUGGGCAAGGAUGUUGUUGUGUUCUUUUUUGCAGCACCAAUGCAAAGGGUAGUUACAAAUUAUAGUUUAAUAUUUCUGGUGUUUAAAAAAAAAUUUUAAAACUGGACAUAUUACAAAACUUUAUUUUUAUUUUUAGCUAAGCAUGCAAAGUCCAGUCCUAUGUAUUUCACUGAUAUCCCGGUAUGUACCUCCACCCAGCUUCUGAGGAUAACAUGCCCACCAACUUGCUAGAUUGAAGGUGCCUUGCCUUGAUCUCUAUAUACUGUACUUUCUCCUACAUCAAUCUAGAAGAAAUGAAAAACAUUAUAAAAUUGAAGCCUUGGAUCAUAUUACCAGAAACAACAUUAACCCUUUGAGUUUCUCACUUGUGAACAAUUAAGCCAAUGUUGUGGGGUGAGGUGGGCGUGGGGGGGGAAGAAUUAGAGAAUGCCACAGAGAUGCCACUGAAGUUUUUGCAUGCUUAGUCACAGGCUUUCAGGAGAUUAAAAAUAUGAUCACUCUCUGUAUGCUUAAGAUGGAAUUUAUUUCUCAGAGAUGGCAGCAGAGAUCAUACUGUAUCUCAGUCUGGAAAACUGUGUGGCCUCUUGCUGUUACCUUGAUAUUUAAAGACAAAAAAGGAGGAAACCAUCCAUUCCUUUUUUAGCUCUGUAUUUCUGGCAAUUUGUUUUACCACGUCUUUGUGCUGAAGUCCCUAAGAGAGGCUGCUGGUUAUUUCAAACUCCCUGUCUGCUCAGCUGAACAACUGAUUCAGUCUGAAUGAACUCUUCAUACUAAUUUUAAAAUGUGUUCUGUUUUUAUAAGAAACAUUUAGUGCACUGUUCAAGGAGGCUACUGUAAAGCCGCUAAAUUCUAGAUAAACUUUUUUUUUUCUGUAGGCCAGACUUCCUUUUGUAUAUGUGCUAUGAGAACAGCAAGCUAAUACUUGAUGUUGGGUCUUUCUAGGGAGGGAAUGAGUUAAGCAUGAAGCCCUCUAUCCAUGUAGGGGGGGGAAAAAAAAACAAACCUAAUCUAAAACUGUGAUAAAAAUGCAAAGAAACUUUGACUUAGACUGUGCCCUUGUCUGCUAGCACUAAAUAUGUGUGCAUGAGGAAAACACCACUUUAUUAAAAACUUUGGUGUACCCUUCUAAUCCCAUCUGGUCCAGUGGGAUUUAUGCACCAUCCCUGAGAAAACAAAACAAAACCAAAGCAACUCACAUGAUGAGCUGGGGGCUUGCUCUGCACCUGGAGGAUUCAUGAGAGGCAGCAGCCAUGAUGCUGUACUAUCAGCUGGGUCCCAGGGAUGGCCCCAGGCCUUCCUACAAUUAUAAGAGGAGCACUUCACUGUAUUUCAAAUAAUACUAUACAGCUGAAGGCUACAUUCUCUCUCACCUGAUUCAUGAGGAGUGAAUACACGAGUUCAUGUCCCAUCCAGCUGUCUUUUUACUCCCCAGUGUAAGAGCCUGAGGAGAGACAGGGCUGGAAAACUGGCUGAGUGAAGCAAGGAAGUUCUGGUUCAUGGCCUGAUCCUAUAUAAGUAUUGUUUUCAACACUAACCUUUUGAUCCUGAGUAACUAUGAUCUGUGAAUCACUUUGGGAGUCUGUAUUUAAGGCCAGAUUUAAUUUCUGUAAGUUGUUAGUGCAUACUGGAAAUACAGCAAUUUUUAAAUUAUUGUUUUCUGGUUUUGUUGCUAUGGGCUAAAUUCUCAUGUAUGUUUAAUCCAAUGAAUAGAUGUCCUAGUUUUUUUUUAUUAUUACAUUUUGUUUAAACAUAAAAAGUUGUCUUUGUGCUUUCUUUCUUCCCUUUUAUUUUGUCAUCUCAUCUGUUGCGUGGAAAGAGGAUGGCAAGGAUGAACUGCAUGUUGUAGGUUGUAUCUGUCAAAGAACUGUUGGUCAGUACUACUAAAUUUACAUACAUAUAUGCAAAGAGUUUGCAUUGUACAGUUUGUUUAUUCUUAUUUGAUGUAUACACAGAUUCAAAAUGAUGAAUAAAGCAUUUAUAUGAAGGCACAUAUGAAACCAACAAAAAAGUUUAUGUAAAAAGUAGACUGUGCAAAACAUCAUUGCACUGCCCACAGGAUGGUGAAACUUCAUGUAAAUAGGUUGGCAAACUCAAUUCUCCCCCUCUACCAUGCCAAAGAAAAUUUUAGCUCCUUAAUAUAAUACCUCUCUUGCUGUUCUCCAGAAUGAGACUUCACCAUUUUCUUCCCUCUAAAAUUAAUUUUGCUUUUAAGUGAAAGCUGUUUUCAACUGUCUGUUACUACUAAAGUACUGUAUAGUAAACCUGAUGGAAUCAAUUUGUAUUUAUAGACUGGGGGUUUUGUACUUACAUGUGCAGCUGCCUGUGAAUCUGCAGCCUUCCAGAUCUUUUGCAUGCUUGCUUUGUAUUUUAUUCUUCUGGGUUUUCUCUAAUCUCUGAGAGACUGUUUGCACAGCAAUCUAACCUCAUCUUACCAUUUUAUAUGUUAACACUGCAUAUGGUCAUUAUCUCUUUCCUUUUCUUUUUUUUUAAAUCUGUAUUUCAGCUACAGUUCUAUUUGGCAAAAUCAAUCACACCUGCACAGUUU